AUGGCUGCAGUAUUACCUACUUUUGGAAAUGAAAAUGAUGAGUCGCGAGUUAUCUACCAAUGCCGAAGUGACGAUAACAUCCUUUACUACCACGCUAUGGGAUCCAAUUAUGAUAAGGAGGAUAAUGAAGUACUGAGAAGAAUCUCAAGAUGUAGCGAUUUGUCUUUAACACAAUCCCAAAUAACAGACUACGCCAUGGGGCAUUCCUCACUUAAAAGAUCCCGUGCCGUAUACCACCGUGAAGCUAAUGCAACAUCACUGAUUACCACAUCCAUAAAGUUCGCCACAUCUUCAUCUGGCUCGGCUACAUCUUACCCAUCUGUAUUCUCUUCACCACCUUCAGAAGCAACAUCAUCAGCGUCUUCCCCAACGGUCAGCUCAUCUACAAGCGGUUCACUAUAUUUGUCACUGCUGGAUUUAGAAUCUACUAACUGUAGCUCUAUAGAAUAUACACCAGCUAAACCAAAGUUGUCGAGUACAGAUCAUUGCUUUUUGGAUGAAACGCCCGUUUUUUCACCAGCAGCCCUUUCUUUACGAGUGGAAGAUACGAAUAUAGUUUCUAACAGUACGCCAAUCCACAAGAGUGUUAACGAUAUCAAAUUUGUGUUUCCAGUCGGGUCUCCAAUACCGACACCAAGGAGUCUUGUACCAAAGAAGUUUGAAUUUCCUUCUGUGCCGAACUCGAUAACAGAACUUGUUGUCAGUGGGGCAUGUGAAUCUGUCGAACUAUAG